AUGCAUUCCCACUCUGACAAGCUAAGCCCCCGGGAGACCCGCCACCUGGACUACAUUUCGCAGUUCACUUCAGACACCCGCCAUAUUGACGGGUCACGGAGUGAGAUGGCUAACGCACUCUCCAGGCCCUCUAUCGCUCACCUUCAGCUUUCACCCGCGAUAGAACUCACUGAGAUGGCCGCUGAAGAACGCCGUAUCGGUUCACCCUGUGAUGAGGAUGUUUCCGGACUCCAACUUCAGGAACUACCACUGACAACUGGCAACGGCACCGUCUUAUGCGACGUAUCCACCCCAUCCCAUCGUCCAUUUGUGCCACCAUUCCUCCGCCGCAAAGUUUUCUCCUCCCUGCACAAUCUCUCUCACCCUGGGAGUCGAGCAACCGACAAGCUUGUUUCCGACCGCUUCGUCUGGCCUGGGAUGCACAAAGACUUCAAAGCAUGGACACGGGCUUGUAUCGCCUGUCAACGGAGUAAGAUCCAGUGGCACAGCAAGGCCCCCAUUGGCACCUUCGCCGGUUCAGCCACGUUCACCUGGACAUUGUAG